AUGGAACAAGACAGUGAUCGAGCUUUCAUUAAAGACAAAAACGUAGUCAAGCGCCUAGUUAUCAAGUUAGGAACUGCAGUUGUGACUAAAAAGGAGGGAGGAAUUGCGCUUGAAAGAUUACAAGUGCUUUGUGAGCAGAUUAAGGAGUUGAGAUCUCAAGAUUAUGAGGUGAUAUUGGUGACAUCAGGAGCUGUGGCCCUCGGUCGUCAAGCACUUAAAGACAGGAUAUCAGUUCACAACAGCAGGUAUCUAUUUGUGUAUUUCGACUCUUUCCACAAGACAGUGGAACUGAACGGGAAGGCAUGUGCCGCUGUUGGACAGCCUGAUCUGAUGGCUCUCUUUAAGACUGUGUUUAGUGAGGAUGUGACACAAGCUCAGUGUCUUGUCACUGAAAGUGACUUUAGGGGUAAAGAUUUUCAAAAGCAGCUGAAGGAGACUGUCGAGCACUUGCUGUCUUUGAAGGCUAUACCUUUAUUCAAUGAAAAUGAUGCAGUUAGUACCAGAACAGAUCCAUAUGAGGAUUCUUCUGGUAUAUUUUGGGACAAUGAUAGUUUGGCAGCUCUACUAGCUAAGGAGUUGAAGGCUGAUCUUCUUAUACUUAUGAGUGAUGUGGAUGGUUUGUACAACGGGCCUCCAUGUAACACAGAUUCGGAGCUUAUACAUACAUACAUAAAGGAGAAGCAUCAAGGUAAAAUCACUUUUGGAGAAAAGUCUAGAGUGGGACGAGGGGGAAUGGCAGCAAAAGUAAAGGCUGCUGUUGAUGCAGCUUCUGGUGGCAUCCCUGUUGUCAUCACCAGUGGAUUCGAUGGCCAUAAUGUUACCAGAGUCCUUCAAGGAGAACGCGUUGGGACUCUAUUUCCUCGAGAUACAAAUAAAGAGGAGUCUUUGGUUGAAAAUGCAAGAGAGAUGGCCAUUGCAGCCAAGGAAAGUUCUAGACGGCUUCAGGCCAUGACUUCAGAAGAAAGGAAAAGAAUUCUACUGGAUAUAGCUGAUGCACUUGAAGGAAAUUCACAUAUAAUCCAUGUAGAAAAUGAAGCUGAUGUGUGUGAAGCAGAACAUGCCGGAUAUGAAAAAUCCUUGAUAUCUCGGCUAGCACUAAACCCUGGGAAGAUCACACGUCUUGCAAACAAUAUUCGUCUGCUCGCAAACAUGGAAGAUCCAAUAGGCUGCCUUUCAAGAAAAACUCAGCUUGCAGAUGGCUUCAUCUUAGAGAGAAUAUCAUGUCCAUUGGGUGUUCUCUUGGUUAUAUUUGAGUCUCGUCCUGAUGCACUAGUACAGAUAGCUUCACUUGCAAUCCGAAGUGGGAAUGGCCUUCUCUUGAAGGGUGGGAAGGAGGCUAAGAGAUCAAAUGCAAUUUUGCACAAGAUCAUUACAGACGCCAUCCCAGAGAGCGUUGGUCGCAAGCUAGUUGGACUUGUGACUUCAAGAUAUGAGAUUCCAGAUCUGCUAAAGCUUGAUGACAAUCUGAUUAAUCUUGUGAUCCCAAGAGGCAGCAACAAGCUGGUUUCUCGAAUUAAAAAUUUGACCAAAAUUCCAGUUCUGGGGCAUACUGAUGGAGCAUGCCAUGUAUACAUUGAUAGGUCUGCUAAAAUGGAUAUGGCAAAGCAAAUUGUUUUAGAUGCAAAAGAAGAUUAUCCAGCAGCCUGCAAUGCCAUGGAAACACUUCUGGUCCAUAAGGAAUUAGCGCAUACAGCUGAUUUCAAUGAUUUUAUUGUUGAGCUUCGCAAGAAAGGUGUUAAUUUAUAUGGUGGAUCAAGAGAAAGCUCCUUGCUCAAUAUUCCUCAGGCGGAUUCGUUAUCUACUGAGUACAGUUCCAUGGCUUGCACUGUUGAGGUUGUGGAUGACGUGCAUGCUGCCAUUGAGCAUAUAAAUAAAAACGAAAGUGCACAUACUGAUUGCAUCAUUGCAGAGGACCAAGAAGUUGUGGAAGCUUUUCUAGGUCAAGUUGACAGUGCUGUUGUUUCUCACAAUGCAAGCGCAAGAUUCAGUGAUGGUGCUCGAUUUGGACUUGGGGCAGAGGUUGGGAUAAGCACAAGUCGAAUUCAUGCUCGAGGUCCUGGACUGUUAACAACGAAAUGGAUUAUCAGAGGAAGAGGACAAGUCGUUGAUGGUGAUAAGGGGGUUACUUGCACCCACAAGAACAUCCCAACUGAGACAGAUGGAGGGACACAAGAGAAGAGAAAGGAAGAAAACAUGAACAUGACAUUUGCAGCUACUGAAUUCUUAUUCAGAACUUUCACCAUUUCUUCAAGGAAGAAGUCGUAA